AUGGAGGUCCAAACGUUAAGCAAAAAGGGGGAGUUCAUAGAUCACCUGCUUCGGGAGUUUGUUUGCAAGAGGGGGAAGCUAAAGAGGAAGGAUAUAAUGAAUAAAAUGGAAUACUACAUAGGAAUAUUAACAAAUGUAAAUUUGAAAAUUGUGCACAAUAAGAAUUAUCAAGUGGUGCAUCUAGUUUUGGAGGUUCUGUUGACAAAUGAGGUGCAUCUAGAACCCAUGAUUUUGGACAAAAUUUUGGCUUGCCUGAAUAUGAGGCAGAUUCUACAGAAAAAUGACAAGGUGAAAAUUAAGCACAUUAAUAAUAUUCUGCAUCUCCUAAAUCGGAAGAGCAGGAACAACUUGAACGCUACAAAUUUGUUCAACCUGCUCUUCGAUGCCGUGGCGCUGCUCCUGGAGGCCUUUUGCGAGGAGGACAUUUACAGCGUCGCCCGCCGGGUGGACUACACGCUGGGGGGGAAGAAGCGGCAACAUCAGCAAGAAAAUGAUGAGGAGGAGGAAGAAGAAGGUGACAAUGAUGAGGAUGAUGAUGACGAAUUGGACGAACCUCCCAGUGAACCUCUGACCGCCCCGCUGCAAACGGGAAAGCGCAAACGUGCAAACGGGCCGCCAAGCUCCCCAGGAGGGGGAAGCAGCGAAUCGGACAGUGAACCCCACGAUGGUGGCACCUCAGAAGGCAUUACGAACGAUGAGGUGCAUCCCCCGAAGAAGCGAAAAAAAGAGGACGGGUCAGACCACGGGGUGCAGUUCCCCAUAGGUACACACCAAAACAUAGCACGCAUAAAUGAUUAUGUAAUACACGUGAACAGUCUGUUCAGUCUCUACUUCAAGAAUUACAAACCCAUGCUGAACGAUGUGAAGAUAUAUUCCUUUUAUAGCAACCUAUUCGGGUUGUUUGCCUACCUGUACGACUACAUAGGGUACAUACAAGAAUUGGCAGAGAGGUACCAAGCGGAUGAGGAGAAUCCCCGUAGCAGCUUCGACGCAGUGGUGAAAAACCUGUCCACUUUGAAGGGUCUUAUAAAGAAACAAAUCACCCUCAGUUUAGACAACAUAAGCAAAGGCUAUUUUAAAAGUGUGUUUGCAUCCUACUUGGAGAGUAAAGAAGAGCUAAAAGUGAAUUACUCAUUUUUCCUUUUCCAGGAGAAUGAAAAAUUGUUGGAGGUAAUCUACCUCAUGCUGAAUAAAGUAUCGAACGAAGAUGCGUGCUUCCGAUUUGAUCCUCAUGGGGAUAAGUUGACCUGCCAAUUUGCCAAUCUCCAUAAAAGUAAAAGAGACAAACUGAUUUACUUCUUCAAGGAUAACCAUAGUUUCAGUGGGAAGUACCCCUUUUUGGGGGUUAGUAAAAUUAAGGGGUGCUUGAAAGUCUUGGGUACUAUAAUGAAAUACCUCCUCCUCAAACAUCCCAGUGCAAACUUCCCACAUGUGCAGACUUACUUUACCCUUUUUUUGUUAAUCCCUCAUUUUGAGUUAACCCUCUAUGGUAAGCACGUCAAAGGGGAGUAUGCCAAGCUGUUUAACUUUUCCAAGUCGAAAAAGGAAAACACUCUUCCUACCGUUAAUUGUUCCGUGCCAGACUCCGACGCAGAGGCAUCAGUCGUCGAUAAGCGAUCUGUUGGGGAGACCAAAGUAACGAUCCACAGAAACGCUGCCAGCUACUUCAAAUCUGUGCAGGUAAAAAUCGCCCACUCAGUAUGCCGUUUCGAAGAAGAACUCAACCUCAACGAUCAAAAAGAAACUUACAAUAAUGUGCAUAUUCUGGUAGAGUACUCAAAGUUAGUGUAUAAAUUUUUAAGGUACCUAAAUGGAAGGAGCAAUAUAAGGAAAGACACGUUCCUGUUUGUUAAUAUGACCUACUUGGUGAAGUACCUAUUCGAUUGCCUAACGAAUGCCUACUUUGAAUUGACCACGACGAAAUGGAAGAGUGCCUUACGGGAGUGCACUACGGAAGGAUUGUCUUGCCCCGACACGUUAAGUAGUUCCUCACGUGAAAAAAUGUACAUCAGUGGAAAACCCCAUUUGCUACUCUACGAUAGGAAGAUCAGAAACAUAUUUUCCACGCACCCGUGUGGGAAAACUCCCCAAUUGGAAGUUACUACAGUAGAAAAAAGCAACAGCAGAAGCGACCCUGGAGAUGUGUCAACUCGCCUGUUUCUCCUCCUACAACCAAAGGGAAAAAAAAAAAAAAAAAAAAAUAUGAUGAUUUAUUUAAACUACCUAAUAUACGUCAACCAAAUCAACCUCAUAACGGUCGUCCAUUUUGACGUCACCCUGAGGACAGUGAUCUUUUCCACUCUGUUCAAUUUUGCCAAGGGGAUCACCUCCAACGGGAGGUACAGCCACAACAACCACACGGGCAACCUGAACAUUAUCAAUACUUGCCGCGUCAACAGUUUUCACGUUAGCAGUUUUCACGUUAACCACUUCGGGGGCCACAUCCUGAGGAACGUCCUAACCAAGUACGUAGACAUAUUUGGGGUGAAGGGGCUCUUCAAAUUUCUGCACUACUACAUCAUUGGAAAUGUGAAGGCAAAGCAGGAUCAGUCCAUGAGGAGCAUUCACUUUCUGCUAAAUCACGUCAUAAUGGACGUGUUUAAAAGUAGCGUUAGUAAGUGGGUCGACCAGGUCUCCACCAUUUUGGCCUACCUGAUCGAGGUGUACACUUACCACGUGUCUAAAUUGGGCCAAGCGGUAGAAGGUAUACUACACAUAAGGGAAGGUGGCGUAAUUGCAGAUGGGAGAAACAUUUUGGUUAGCAGCAGCCAACCGGAACAGGUGGAGAAGAACCCCCUGGCCAACUACCCACCGAUUGUCCAAAAUGUAGAAACGUUGGAGUACAUCAUUUGCUGCUUCUUAAAGUCCAUUCCAAAGAAGGACAUAACCCAAGGGUUGCUGACUCACGUGAAGGAAAUUGCAUCUGUCCAUUUGACGAAGCUGAAGAAUGAAGUCACCUUUCAUGACAAAUUAGGGAACAGCAAUUCUACCAACACGAAGUUUGCCUACUCCUCCUGCAAAUUCUAUGUACUUUACUUUUUCAACUAUAGUUUAUCCAGGGUGGCUAUGUAUUCCCUGCUGCAUGGAGAAGUAAAAACCGACCAGCUGUUAUGUCACCCCUCCAUUGAGCACAUCGUUGCAUUGGUGCAGAGUUGUUUCCCCACCGUCGAACCGAUGUAUGACCAGUGCGUUAAGGAGGACUCCCUACACACGUUCUUCGACAUACUACAGAUGAUCCUUCAGACGCUUUUUUUCUUCAUCUCCCUGGCGGAGCUGCACGUCAUAGACCUGUACCGCCUGGCCGAGCACCUCAACCAAGUGCUCAAGGUCAUGAAGAAGAACGCCCUGGCGGAGUACCCCUACCCAGUGAAAAAAAAAAUAUGCAAACAAAUCACCAACUUUUUCAUCUACAACUACACAUUCCUAGUGACCACCUUUAGAGGUAAAGAACAGAUCAUGGAGACCAUUUACGAAGAGUUCACAAAAUUACUGUUCGUCGAUAUUGCUAUCUUGAAGAAGGAACAGAAUUACCAGUUCCUGUUUGACUACUUUUUCCUCAUAAGGGAGAACAAAAAUAUUUGUAACCUACUGAAGGAGUUAUUUUCGUUGCAUUUUAUUCUCAUUUUGGGCGAUUUAGACAAAGGUUCUCUUUACCCCAAGUUGGAAGGGAAAGGGGAAGGUUCAGGGGAAGAUUCGCAUGCCGAAGGGGAUGUACCUCCCGAAGAGGAAGCCUUCCUGUCCUACCACGCACGCGCAUUAAUUCGAAGGAACAGAGCCCUCUCCAAUGACCCCCACAAGUGGUACGAAAUGCUCAACGUGAAAAAAAAAUUAGCAUCCCCAAGUGGAAGCAACCUGCGUAAAGGCGCAGUCCACCAAUUUGACGAAAGCAGAAUGAUGCGUGUGUUUUCUAGAAAAAGGAAGAAUAACCAGUUGCUAGUGUCAUCGCGCAGGAGUAAAUUCAGUAGUGAUAGAACAGACACCCCAAAUGUCGACGUGUGCAUUUUAAGUAACAUCUUUCCCCUAUUCAAUGGCAUAGAAAAAGUGAAAGACAAUCUAUACACCCUGUUGUGUAAAAUUUGUGGCAACUUUUCCAACUACAAUAUAUACACUGAGCAUAUUCUGGUGAACAUUUUACUGUCUUUCUGUGAAAACCUGGGUGGAAAGGACAGCCCUAAAAUUGCUUUGAGUGACUUCCUCCUUUUUGUAAAGUUAUCCGUCCAGUUGGUUCUGAAGCAGAGGGAGUAUCUCACAAGUGGCAUAUUUAAGACGAAGAAAAACGUCCUCGUUUUGAAGCUCCUCUUUCAUAUAUUCUUCCUCUACAUCAACCAGUGGACUGUCGAUUCGCGCCAACAGGGGGAGGUACAAAAAAAGACAAACAACGCAACGCACGAGAAGACGCAGGUUCAGGAGAACCUUCCGAGCGAGCCAGCCCCAACACGUGCGAAGAAGAAAAAAUCGGGAACAGCCCCUCAGGGGAAGGCCAAAAAGGUAAAAACCUGCUUCGUCUUUUUUAUCAAGUACUUUCUGCGCGUGUACGAAUUGGUCAUCACAAACAGGGAAGAUGAAGAAGCCACCACUAUCCUAACCGAUGACGACGUGGCCUACUUGACGAAUCAUAUGCAGGGGGGGGUCAGCCAAACCGUCACCAAUGAGGAGGUGCACAGUGACCCCACCGACGUGGCUGAAAAGAGCAACAUUUGUGCGAUGCUGAAUAAAUUGAAAGAUUUCCUUGGCAGAAUUUUAAGCAGCGAAGAAGAUGCUACGAACGAUGGUAACACCACUACUACCACUGCCCACCUGAACGCACUGUUCCUCGACCUGAUCGAACACGUGUUCGUGUCCUUCCUGCUGAGGCACAACUUCUGGGAAGAGCCCAACAGCGCAACAGUCGUCCAGGUGGUGGACGCGCUAAGGGGACUCCAAGUGGAGCACCUCCUGAGCAGAGCCAAUGAGAACUACACGACCUUUCCCUAUAGCAUCCUCGCGUUGAAGAUUUUUAACGUGGCCAGCAAAAGUGGUGUAGGAACUACCUCCACGUCUACUUCCAUAAGUGCUGAUCGUGGGAAGCAUGUGGUGACCAGGGCCAAGGGGGAGAAGUCAAUCGGGGUGACCCCCACGGAUAAACAAACGAAGAAGCGAGAGAAAGGUUCCAAAAGGAAGGACGAAAUGGCUAUGGACGAAGGAAACCUGGUCCUCUUUUUUAAACUGUUCCUACCAGCUAAGCAGAGCAACGACAUGUAUAAUAGCACAGACACAACUACCCCAUGGGAGGGUGAAGUAAAGCCAACGUGUCUUCAACUGUACGAUUUCCUCUACCACUACAACAGCGUCUUAACCGAAUGUACAGAUGAGCACUCGGUCCACAUUUGCAUAAAAUAUCAAAACGUGGUUAAAAACAUUUGUACCUUGUUUAGCUACUCGUCCGAUGAGGUAAGGAACGUCCUAACUUACAUCCAGAGACAGAUAAAGAUGGAAUACGCAGAAUCAGAAGGUGAAGCAGAAUGUUGUCUCUACCAUUUUAACAUACACAUAAUAACAUUAAUUUACAUCUUUUCAAACAAUGGGAAGUUUUGCGCAGACAUAAUUCUUGAGAGCAGAAAACCAACUGACUCUUCUUCCUUUAUCAGUUUGUAUCUGCUACUUAUGCGACAUGUACAAACGUACUUGGACAAUGAAGUGAUCAUCAGGAGAAGCUCCUCCGUCCUCUUCUUACUGCUUCACUUAGUUUACAAACUGUCCCAGCUGUUCGUCUUCUUCUUCGUGCGUCUCAAGGCGCAAACGCGGGACGGCAGCUACUCCAACCUCCUAGGAUUCGUAAGCAACUACUGCAGUUUGCUGGUCAAAACGAUGGACUUACUGAAAAAUCGCAUACGAACCAGCAACGACGGUGCUGUGCCCAAUCCGGGAAAAGAUUUCGUAACGCAUUUUUACAUCCUAAAUAACUGUGGCCUGUUCGAGCGAAAGAAGUUUUACCUGUACCUGCUCAGCCACCAGCUCUUCGUCCUGUUGUACGAAUUCUUCAAUAUACAGAAAAACGAACUCGUGGUGAAGUCCAAAAGAACGAUAAUCGAAGUGGCCAAGAAGGGAGGAUACGCCAUCAACUUUUUCUGUUCCUACCUGGACUCCAUUCUGUAUCUCGACAGCAGAAUGAACAAACUACUCCUCCGGAACGCCAACUUCCUCGUCACCUUCCUGCGAAGCAACAAGGGAAGCCUCAACUUACCCCCAAUAGCCUUCCCCAUUUUAAUCAAAAUUGUGGACAUGUACGAAUUCAUUUCGAAGACGAGUUCCAUGGGAGAAGACGAAUACGAAGAGAGAAAAUUCCUCAAAGGCAUUUUCCAGACCACCUUGUCUUUACUAGAAAAAAGCUCCAUUCAGUUUUGUUACACAUCUCUAACGGAUCGGAAGAGGGAAAUCUUUAACGCCCUAUCUGGGUAG